AUGCAUCAAUCGGGUCGGUCAUUCGACGAUUGUGCAGAGCAGUCGUUUGCGAGGAUGUUGAACCCGUUCGGUGUGCUACAGGAUUUGCUUGCUUCAAUCUUCUAUCGGUAUGGCAUUUACGUAUCCUCAAAUCCGCGACCGUUCAUAUUUCUACCUAUUUUACUCACUUUCACACUCUCUCUCGGAAUACUCACCAUUACUGUUCAGGAUGACCUAAGGUUCCUCUACUCUCCAAUUCAUUCACCUUCCCGAAUCGAAUACAGCAUUCACCGCUCAUUCUCUGAGGAGUCCAUCAAUAGUAGCUACAUAGCGGUUGCAGUUGAGCCGAACGAUAAUAUCAAUAAUCUACUGAGGAAGGAAAUUUUUGCCGAGAUUCUGGAACUGAAUAAGUAUGUGUUGAAUAACUUGACGUUUACACUAAACGAUCACACAUAUAAUUUUGGUCAUGACAUAUGUAGUCGUAUAGCAUUGUGUCCACUCAGCAACACCAUUCUGCAGUUCUUUUUCGAUGCAUUUUGGAGCAAACAGCUGCGCAAUGAUCCACGCGUCCGACUCGAAUAUCCGUUGCUUCAUUUCUUCGACAAUAAAUUCUUUCUUCCUUUGCACCUGUACGGUGUUGAGGUUGAUGGUGAUCAAAGCAUUAAAUCAAUACAAAUGAUUCAUCUUCAUUAUCCCAUCCCAUCUACAGAUAACGAAUCGGCAGAGCUCGUGAGUGAUGCUUUGGCAUACGCGCUAAAACAGUACUUAGUGGCUAAUGAUAGUCACUUAAUAAAAACAUCGAUGUUUAGUCUGUCAAUGUUGAAGAAUGAGAUGAACAAGAAUGCGAGAUACACAUUCCCGUUCAUAUCGUUGACGAUACUCCUGCUUAUAUCGUUUACGAUACUUUCAUGCAUGACUGGAGACUGGAUAACCUCCAAACCGCUUGAAGCAUUAAUGGGAGUUCUCUCAUCGUCAUUUGCUGUUAUUAGUGCAGCUGGUUUCCUCUUCUUCAUCGGUGUUCCAUUCGUCAGUCAGGUCACAGUCAUGCCAUUUCUAGCGCUUGCGAUCGGUGUUGACGAUACAUACGUGAUGCUUGGUGCAUGGCAAGAUACAAAAAGGAAUUUACCGUCAUCCAAACGAAUGGGAUUAACACUGGAAGAAGCCGGGAGUGCUAUCACAGUAACUUCGAUCACGUCAAUGCUCUCAUUCGGAAUUGGUGCAUUCAGUACCACACCUGCAAUUUCAAUAUUUUGUCGUUUCAUUGCAGUUGCAAUUAUGUUCGACUGGUUUUAUCAGGUCACCUUCUUCACGGCUGUAAUGGCGCUUGGUGGUAAGCGAGAAGCAGCUGGUUAUCACUGCAUUUUUGUAUGGAAGAAAAUGAGUGACGACCAGAUUCAAGCAGUAAACAUUUCUUUCGAUNCAAUUGUAGCGUUCUAUGGUUGCUCUCAAUUGACUCCCAAUUUAACACCCAGUCGUUUAUUGGUUGAUGAUUCACCACUCACACAUUAUUUAAAGUUGGCUGAAUCGAGGAUAUGGUCGGAGGGUGUUAUUGGACGUGUUUACGUUAAUAAUGCACCUGAUUUCAGUGCCGACCCAAAACAGAUAGAAGUGAUUUUAAAAAUGGUUGAGGAACUUGAAGGAACACAAUAUUCAAUUGGGAUUAAUUCAACUCAGUUGUGGUUAAGAGACUUCCUCAACUAUCGACAGUUCUUUGACAACAGUGAUGAUCAGUUUUAUGAGACUUUACAUGCUUUCCUCAGGGUUUCGUUCAAUUCACAUUGGAGUUCGUAUCUUCAGUGGGAAGAUCACCCAACUAAGGUGGGUAAAAAGUACGUUCGACGAUUUUUCUUCACAACGGCGUUUAAAAUAAGAGAUUGGAAUGUACGCACGGCAUUGUUGUUACAAUGGCGUAAUAUAACACGACGAUAUCCGCAAUUCGAAGCGUUCGUUUUCGAUGAAAAUAACUUUUAUUCAGAUCAGAUGCUUGAACUGCAGUCCACAACACUUUCAUCGUUGGGUACGGCGAUCAUUGCGAUGAUUAUUGUUUGUAUAUUGUUUAUUGGCGAUAGUGCGAUCGUAUUUUGGGUUGUUUUCACAAUGAUCUCAAUGGAUAUUGGAAUUGCCGGAUUUUUAUCGCUUUGGGGUGCAGACCUCGAUCCAACCACAGUCGUGAACAUAUUGAUGAGUAUUGGUUUAUGCAUCGAUUUCGCCACUCAUGUUGGUUACCGGAUUUAUCGGAGUGAGUGCUCAAAUCCAGAUGAGCGAAUAAGCGAUGCUCUAGGCGCGAUUGGAUGGCCGGUUGUGCAAGGUGGAGUGUCGACGUUUCUAGCAAUCAUAGUUAUGAUACUUGUGCCAUCGCAUGUGGUACGCAUGUUCGCAAGAACGUCGAUUCUUGUCGUUCUCACUGGUCUCUUUCAUGGAGUUAUCAUUCUGCCUGUUAUCAUACGUUCAUUUGCUUCCGUUCCCACUAGUGACACAAAAACGGUUCGAUGA